ACCAAAAUCGUGACCUGUCCCCAAGGCUCCUUGCAUAAUUUUUAUGUCAAACACGUGACCUUGAUCAAUGUCCACGUGCACUUGCGCAAUACAGCGCCAUAUGACCAGCAGCGGCGAAGACGGAAACCACCUUCACGGGGUUGCAGCCAUUGUUGCCAGUUUUCCAGGACGUUUUAAGUGAAUCACGAUGUUCUCCUCGUUUCUAUCACGUGCGAUGUGUCAAAAUGGGGCCCCCAGCGAAACCCCGCAAGAAAUGGGGCUAGUCAAGUCCCUCGUCGCUGGAAGGACAAUAGCGGCUGCUUCAGCAGCCGCCAAGACUGCGGAAGGAGACAGUUGCGAGUUUGGGUCCGCUCACUACUUCGCCCUCUGUGGCAUAGGAGGUAUCUUGUCUUGUGGUAUCACACAUACGGCCAUUGUACCCCUCGAUCUGGUCAAAUGCCGGAUUCAAGUCGACCCUAACAAGUACAAGAACGUUUUCACCGGUUUUAAGGUCACAAUGAAAGAGGAUGGGUUCAAGGGGUUGGCUUUGGGAUGGGCCCCCACGUUCUUUGGGUACUCGGCACAAGGGUUGUGCAAGUUUGGUUUGUACGAAGUCUUCAAGGUAUUUUACACUGACUUGAUCGGUGAUGAAAACGCCUUCUUGUACCGCACUUGGCUCUACUUGGGGGCUAGUGCCUCAGCCGAGUUCUUCGCCGACAUCGCCCUGUCGCCUAUGGAGGCUGCUAAAGUCAAAAUCCAGACUUCCCCCGGCUUCGCCACCACCCUGCGCACCGCUUUCCCCAAAAUCUACGCCGAAGAAGGCGUCAAUGGCUUCUACAAGAGUUUGGUCCCACUGUGGAUGCGUCAAAUUCCCUACACCAUGAUGAAGUUUGCUUGUUUCGAGCGAACGGUCGAAUUAUUGUACAAACAUGUGGUACCAAAGCCCCGUUCGGAGUGCACCAAGGGCGAGCAAUUGAUUGUCACGUUCGCCGCUGGGUACAUCGCCGGCGUCUUUUGCGCUAUUGUGAGUCAUCCUGCCGAUACUGUCGUCUCUAAGUUGAACCAAGAGAAGGGCUCGUCGGCCCUCGAAGCCGCCAAGAAGUUGGGAAUGGCUGGAUUGUGGAAGGGGCUCACGCCUAGGAUCGUUAUGAUUGGUACAUUGACGGCAUUGCAGUGGUUCAUUUAUGAUGCGUUCAAGGUCGCGAUGCGUAUGCCGCGUCCACCACCACCGGAAAUGCCCGAAUCACUUAAAAAGAGAUUACAAGCCGAAGGCAAAUUGUAAAAAUAAUUAUUUGUAUUUUAAUUAACAGUAUUUCCGGAUAGAAAAAACAAUUGUGGCGUUCAUUUGUUAUGUCAAGUUCUGUUACCUAGAUUGUAAAUAGAGCUAAAGAUCGUAAAUUAUUCUGUUUUAAUCAAUAAAAGGCCCCAAACUUCA